AGGGGCUGCGGGGAGGCGGGGAGGGAGCAGGAGGGCGCGGCCGGCGGGGGGCAAGCUUCUGAAGCGCUAGGGUACCAGGGAGGGUGUCGGCGCCCGGUGUGCCUGGCUGACGGAGAGGGUCAACGAAAUCGGGGUGCAGGGAGGAAGGAGGGACAGUGGCCGAGCCCCGUAACUGUACUGGUGGGAGCAGAGUCUGGGCACCUCGUUCAACUGGGCUUUCGUCGAGUCGCAUCCCGCUGGACUGGGAAGCGCGAAAAGAGAUUAUUUGAGGCGCGCACCGUAGAAAGGGUGGAAAACCUGGCCCCUUGCUUUCCGGGCAGGGAAACUAGGGCUCCGAGACCCGCGGAGAACUAGACCCUCCUGACGCCCCUGAAGGGAUGGGAAGAGGGGCGCAUCGUUCCGGACUUUGUGUCAUGGGUGCUCCUCUGUCCUUGUGCAAGCCGGAAUCUGAGCACCCUCUGAAGGGUUGGCUCGUGCAAAGAGGCGGCGAAUGGGGCCCCCGAGCAACAUCGGUCCCAGCGCCUAUCUCCUUCCUUCAGCCCGCUCGGCCCGGGGCUUUGUUAGACUGAAGUCUCCCAAGGAGGUCAUCCGAGCUGGCAACUGCCUCCUGAGCCCACGGACCCCACUGAGCGCCGGCCACAGGCCCGCCCUCGUUGGUUCUCAGCCUCUGGCCCUGUUUCCCUGGCCUGGGAGACCCGCCUCUGCUCCCCAACCCCCGCUCCCAUCCCCUCUCCGUCUGCGCCUGCAGGCCCCUCCAGCCCCUCCUCCCGCUAACGUGGCUCUGGGACCUGGUCCCGGCCCAGACUCUGCUACCGGCCCCUCCUCGGAGCCCCGGAUCCAGUGAAGGGGAGACACGUUGAGCCCCUGGCCCUAGGCCCACCUCUUUCGAGGCUCUAGACACCUGGAUUGUCCUGGUUGGGGGUUGGGUGGGAAGGAGGGUAGGUGCUGAGUGUGGGGCUAAGAGCUAAGAGUGGGGGAAAUGGCUUGGAGAAAGGAAAGCACCGGUUCCACAGGCUCCUUGGCGCGACCCUGCUCCCUCUGAGGAAGGUGGACUGGGACGGGCGACCAGCCCAAAGGCUUCCUGCUAUUGUCCCCAGCCCAAUCUCCCCUUCUCCAUCCCUUCCACAGCUCUGCUAGACUGUGGCUAUGACCCCAGCCACUCCCCAGAGGUGGCUUCGGGGCCAGGAGAGAGAAGGGCUGUUUCCUCUUCCCAGCAAGGGGAGGAUCUGGAAAGGGGAGAGUCGGCCAGGUCUCUCCCAUGUGCUUCAGAUGGGGGGUGUGAAGCAGCUAGGAUUCUUCCAGAGCAGAGUGAUCUUUUCUCCAGGCCAGGAGUUGAGGAGCUGACCAGAUGCUGCUCCCCAAAAACUGCUACAAGAAGCCCUCUUAAAGGUGUAUCAUAGUUGAGUCUAGAGGGCCAAUGCAAAGGCCAGCCAAGUGUUUUUAGAGGCUGGACUAAUCCAGCCUGAAGUGGGGUGUGAGUGUGUGUGUGUGUGUGUAGACUGGAUGGAAGAGAGGCACAGCCUGCUCUCUCAGGGAGGAAGGAAAGGGCUGAGGGUGCUUGCUAUCAGAUCAUUUGGCCUGGAAAUGAAGAGCAUGUAAAUGAGAUGCAAAUUAGCCUCUAUUGUCCCUAGCUAAGGCGCUUUUGCUAAGAAGGCUGUUGGAUUCUGAGGGCUUUAACAUGGGAGUGGUCGCCAUGCCCCACAAACUCUCCCAGUGACCCCAUUUGCCAAGGGUGGCCCUGUGGCUCUAGGAGUUUCUAGAAAGGGGCCAUCCCCUUCCCCUACAUCUCUGGGCAUGAAGCCACCAGCACCUUUGUGACCAAACUAUUAAGAAGUGUCAUCAGCCCCCUCCCAUUUUCAAGGCAGCAUCUCCCCUACCCAAGCCUCAGCAGACUUUUCUUGAAUUUUUACAUUUACUUGUAAGGGAUGUGGUAAGGGGAGUGUAAUGCAGUCUCUUCCCUCCUUUGUCCUGUCUUCCAUCAGGUCAGAGGUUUCCUAUCCUCCUCAAGCCCCCACAGGAGUCACCACCCCAGGGCCGGCUUAUGGGUGAGGGGGCACCCCCUGGGGCCUGAGCUGCCCCGCACAGGAUGCCCCGUGCCCCUCACUUCAUGCCCUUGCUGCUACUGCUGCUGCUGCUCUCACUUCCCCGUAAUAAGGCCGCCUUUCCCCAGGACCCCCUCCCUCUGUUGAUCUCUGACCUUCAAGGUACUUCCCCAUCAUCCUGGUUUCGGGGCCUGGAGGAUGAUGCUGUGGCUGCAGAACUUGGGCUGGACUUUCAGAAAUUCCUGACCUUGAACCGGACCUUGCUAGUGGCUGCCCGGGAUCACGUUUUCUCCUUCGAUCUUCAAGCCCAAGAAGAAGGGGAGGGGCUGGUGCCCAACAAGUAUCUAACAUGGAGAAGCCAAGAUGUGGAGAACUGUGCUGUACGGGGAAAGCUGACGGACGAGUGCUACAACUAUAUUCGUGUUCUUGUUCCCUGGGACUCCCAGACACUCCUUGCCUGUGGAACGAACUCAUUCAGCCCUGUGUGCCGCAGCUAUGGGAUAACUUCGCUGCAGCAGGAGGGUGAGGAACUGAGUGGGCAGGCUCGAUGCCCCUUUGAUGCCACCCAGUCCAACGUGGCCAUCUUUGCAGAGGGCAGCCUGUACUCAGCCACAGCUGCGGAUUUCCAGGCCCGUGAUGCUGUAGUUUACAGAAGCCUUGGGCCCCAGCCCCCACUCCGCUCUGCCAAGUACGACUCCAAGUGGCUCCGAGAGCCACACUUUGUCCAUGCCUUGGAGCAUGGAGACCAUGUCUACUUCUUCUUCCGCGAGGUCUCUGUGGAGGAUGCUCGGCUGGGGAGGGUGCAGUUCUCCCGUGUAGCCCGAGUAUGUAAACGUGACAUGGGCGGCUCGCCUCGGGCCUUGGACCGCCACUGGACAUCCUUCCUGAAGCUGCGGCUCAACUGCUCUGUCCCUGGGGACUCUACUUUCUAUUUUGACGUUUUACAGGCCUUGACUGGGCCUGUGAACCUGCAUGGCCGCUCUGCUCUCUUUGGGGUCUUCACCACCCAGACCAAUAGGCCAGGAUCUUGUGCAGGAGUAGGGGGAGCUGCCUUGUUCUCCUCUUCUCGAGACCUCCCUGAUGAUGUCCUGACCUUCAUCAAGGCUCACCCGCUGCUGGACCCCGCUGUACCACCUGCCACCCAUCAGCCUCUGCUCACUCUCACUAGCAGGGCCCUACUGACCCAAGUAGCUGUGGAUGGCAUGGCUGGUCCCCACAGUAACAUCACAGUCAUGUUCCUUGGCUCCGAUGAUGGGACAGUGCUGAAGGUGCUGCCCCCAGGUGGGCGAUCCAGGGGACCUGAGCCCAUCCUCCUGGAAGAGAUUGAUGCCUACAGCCCUGCCCGGUGCAGUGGGAAGCGGACAGCCCAAACAGCACGACGGAUCAUAGGGCUGGAGCUGGACACUGAGGGUCACAGGCUCUUUGUGGCUUUUUCUGGCUGUAUUGUCUACCUCCCUCUCAGCCGGUGUGCCCGGCAUGGGGCCUGUCAGAGGAGCUGUUUGGCUUCUCAGGACCCAUACUGUGGAUGGCAUAGCUCUAGGGGCUGUGUGGACAUCGGGGGACCUGGUGGGACUGAUGUGGAUCAGGCUGGGAACCAGGAAUCCAUGGAGCAUGGUGACUGCCAAGACGGUGCUACUGGGAGUCAGGCUGGCCCUGGGGAUUCUGCUUAUGUGCUUCCGGGUCCUGGCCCUUCCCCUGGGACCCCCAGUCCCCCCAGUGAUGCCCACCCCCGGCCCCAGUCUUCCACACUUGGACCUCACACUCGGGGCGUGCGCCGGGACCUGCCCCCAGCCUCAGCCUCCCGCUCCGUCCCCAUCCCACUCCUCCUGGCCAGUGUGGCCGCAGCUUUUGCCCUGGGCGCCUCAGUCUCUGGCCUCCUGGUCUCCUGUGCUUGUCGCCGCGCCCACCGCCGUCGGGGCAAGGACACCAAGACUCCGGGCCUCCCGCGCCCUCUCUCCCUCCGCAGUUUGGCCCGGCUCCACGGUGGGGGCCCAGAGCCCCCGCCGCCCUCCAAGGACGGGGACGCGGUGCAGACGCCGCAGCUCUACACCACCUUCCUGCCGCCUCCGGAGGGCGUGCCCCGGCCGGAGCUGGCCUGCCUGCCCACCCCCGAGUCCACGCCGGAGCUGCCGGUCAAACACCUCCGCGCCGCCGGGGACUCCUGGGAGUGGAACCAGAACAGGAACAACGCCAAGGAGGGCCCGGGCCGCUCACGGGGCGGGCACGCGGCGGGCGGGCCCGCGCCCCGCGUGCUGGUGAGGCCGCCGCCGCCCGGCUGUCCCGGGCAGGCAGUGGAAGUCACCACCCUGGAGGAACUGCUGCGCUACCUGCACGGCCCGCAGCCGCCCAGAAAGCGGGUCGAGCCCCCCGCCCCUUUAACCUCGCGGGCGCUCCCGACGGAGCCCGCCCCCGCCCUCUUGGGCGGCCCCAGCCCCAGGCCCCACGAGUGCGCCCCGCCGCUGAGGCUGGACGUGCCCCCCGAAGGCAGGUGCGCCUCUACCCCUGCCCGGCCCGCGCUCUCCGCCCCCGCUCCCCGGCUGGGCGUCGGCGGAGGCCAGAGGUUGCCUUUCUCCGGCCACCGAGCCCCCCCUGCCCUGCUCACUCGAGUCCCCUCGGGAGGUCCUUCCAGGUACUCCGGGGGUCCCGAGAGGCACCUCCUGUACCUGGGCCGGCCCGAGGGCUACCGGGGCCGCGCCCAGAAAAGGGUGGACGUCGAGAAGCCCCAGUUGUCCCCGAAGCAUCCCUUCGUCGGGCCCUCCUCCCGCCAGGCCGUCCCGAACGGCGGCCGUUUCAACUUUUAAAGGGAGCGGCCCAUAGCCUCCAGCGUGGGGAGCGCCCGAGUCCUCUCGGCCGCGAGCUGGACGCUCUUCAGGACGUCUCACCGCCCCCUCGCCCCGCACCUCCAGCCUUCCCGAC